AUGAAACCUUCGGCCGAGGCCCAUCUCUUUUGGGAACCACCUGUUUUGAGUGGUUUCGAGAUCCCUGAAGAAAUAUCCAUCCUCACCUAUGCCGAAUUCACAUGGCAGUCUGCCCCUGAAUCUGAUCUCUCAUCCUUAAGCGACUUGUGGGGGGAUGAUGCAGGAGGCCCUUCUCAGAUUGGUCCUUCUCUGAUUCUUGUCAGUCCACAGGGGAAGAAAGCUUUGCGCAAGAGUAGGGGAUAUAAGUCUUCACCUGGAAGUAGCAAGGACAGUGAUGAAUCAGAGGAUGAAGCACUUGGAAGUAGCGACAGUGAUGAGUCGUUUACAUCCAAGCAAAGCACUGCACGCCGGAGGAGACGUUGUGCAUCUUCGCUCAGUAGCAGCGAUGACACAGACCAGGAAGAUUCGGAAGAAGAUGUGCUCUGCGGUGACAGUGAUGAGGACGACGGUUCUAGAGUCCUGGUCACUCAUGGCACAGAUGACAUGGGCAGUGAUCAAUCAGAUGACAAUGGACUUCAAGGAUUUAGUGAUGAGGAUGGUGUAUCGAAGGAUGCGCUCACUCAUGGCAUGGCAGACAUGGACGAGGAAUUGGACUGCUGA